ACCGUGCUCGGCAUCGAGACGAGCUGCGACGACACGGGCGUCGCCGUCGUGCGCAGCGACGGCGAGAUCCUCGGCGAGGCGAUCGCGUCCCAGGCGGAGCUGCACGAGGCGUGGGGCGGCGUCGUGCCGGGGAUCGCGCGCGACGCACACCGCGACGCGCUGGGCGGGGCGGUCGAGCUGGCGCUGCGGCGCGCCGGCCUCUCCUCCGCAGCCGAGGUGGACGCCGUCGCCGUCACCGUCGGGCCCGGCCUCGAGAUAUGCUUGCGGGUCGGCUGCGAGGAGGCAGUGAGGCUGGCGACUGCGCACGGCAAGGCGUUCGUCGCGGUGCACCACCUCGAGGCGCACGUGCUGAUGGCGCGGCUUGCGUGCCACCCGCCGCCGCCCUUCCCCUUCCUCACGCUACUCACCUCGGGCGGCCACUGCCAGCUCCUCCUCACCCGCGGGAUUGGAGACCACCAAGUAAUCGGCUCGACUCUGGACGACGCUCUCGGCGAGGCGUACGACAAGGUGGCGAGGCUGCUUGAGCUGCCCGUCGGCGGCGGAGGAGGCCCCGCCCUCGAGUCGCUCGCGCGGGAGGGCGACCCGUCGGCGACGCCGCUCCCGGUGCCGAUGCGGAACAAGCCCUCCUUCGACUUUUCGCUCAAGACGGCGGUGCGACUCGCCGUCGAGAGGGCGAGCGAGGAGGAGCGCGCCUCGCCCGCCUUCCGCGCCGGCGUGGCGGCCUCCUUUCAAAACGCGGCGCUGCGCCACCUCGAGAUGCGGCUGACGCGCGCCCGCGACUCGCUCGGCUGCGCGCCAGACACGCUCGUCCUCUCGGGCGGCGUCGCGGCCAACGCUGAGCUGCGGCGGCGCACGCCCUCGCCGCGCGACGACGGCGCGCCGUGGCGCAUGGUGGUGCCGCCGCCGCGCCUCUGCACCGACAACGGCGUCAUGGUGGCGUGGGCGGCAGCGGAGCGGCUCAAGCUCGGCCUGACCGACGCGCCGGACGUG